CACGAGUUCGUAUUUAAAUUCUAAUUCUUUCAACGAAUAUUCCGUUACUUCAAAUUAAUUAAAUAAUUUUUUAAAAAUCGAUUGUCAAUAAAUAAAUUAAUUAAUAAAUUUAAUGAUAAAAUGCGAUGGAUAACAGACGUAAAUUAUUAUUAAACAAUGGAUGUAAGCUCACUGAUACCAGCAGGUCUACGACAAGAAUUAGAUAUAUGUACGGUAACAGCAAAUUAUAAUAAAUUAUCUGAAAAUUUUCGUAAAUUAACUCCGAUAGCCAUUCAAUGUGCGAUUUUUUGUGGCGGUUCAAGAUGCAAAUACGAAAAUUCAGCUUGGCCGGCUGUGCACAUGGCGAUACGGGAUAUUUUUUCUCAUUGGGUAACCGACGACGUAUUAGCGAUGGCACGUCCAAGCACGGCACAGCUAUUACAAAAAAACGUGAUAUCACAAUUUAAAGAAUGGAGUAUAAAAACUAUUAUUAAUUUACAAACACCCGGAGAGCAUGCAAGUUGUGGUGGUCCACUAGAGGAAAGUGGUUUUACUUAUGAUCCAUCGGAAUUUAUGAAAAAUUCAAUUUAUUAUUAUAAUUUUGCCUGGAAAGAUUACGAUCAAGCAACAGUUGAAAAAUUACUGGACAUGGUCAAGGUGGUAGCGUUUGCGGUGCAAGAGGGUCGCGUCGCUAUUCAUUGCCAUGCAGGACUAGGAAGAACGGGUGUUCUUAUUGCAUGUUACCUGAUCUAUAGCUUAAGAGUACGUGCUAGCGAUGCAAUACGUUUUGUACGUAAGAAACGUCCUGGUGCAAUCCAAACACGUGGACAAAUAAAAUGUAUAAAAGAUUUUGAGCACUAUAUACUUCCACAAAUGAUAAUAUUCCCAACGAAAUUAACUUAUGGAGGACUAAGCCGUAGGAAAAAUAAUUUAGGCAUAUUUCUAAUGAAACAAUGGAAUGUACUACAUGGUUACGAACAACGCACAUUUAAAUAUAUUCCCAAAAUAGUAUUCGUGUUAUGUGAAAGAAUUCUGCAAUUAUGUAAUUGUCAAGAUGAUAAUUCACCAGCGGAAAUUAGUUUUUUUAUAAAUGACGACACACCAUUUACGAAUAAAUUUAUCACUAGUGCUUUGGAAUUAUUGAAUCGAGGAAAAAAUUCAAAUAAUAUGAGACAUUCAUAUUCUUGGGCUGAAUGUCUUUCUCAAGCAUCAUUUGAUUACUCAAAUAAUUCUAAAAUAGAAACUAGUAUUUCUUCUCGAGAUACAUGUGAAGAUAUUAAACGCCUAGAUGAUGUCUUUUGCACAUCUCCAGACUCUCCAUCAUGUUCAACUGAUUACCCAGUUUCAGAUGAUAAUUAUCUAGAUGAUGUACUAGCCGACUGUAUACACGGGCAAGAUUUGUAUGACAAUGACUGUUACAAAGAAAUCCAAUCGCAAUUGCUACUUAAAACUGCGGCUCAAAAAGAAGAGUUUGUCUACGUCACUAUUGAUGAAGUUGUUAAUGCGCUACUUUGUGAUAGUUCUAAAUUAACGGAUGAAGAGAAAAAAAUUUUUUUACAGUAUCAGACAGAUUUAAAUAAUAAAAAUUCAUCAUGGCAACGAUUGGAGCUAGAAACAAAUUUACGAGUCCUCGGAAACCUUCUCUAUGAGUGGUUAGAAAUGUUAAAGCGGCCAAUUUUAGAUAUGGAAGCGCUAAGUCAAAUAGUGAUCCGAGGUUCAAGGCCACGUGAAUGCCUGCUGAAGUUUGAGCCUUGCAAUCGAUAUUUACUCGAGUAUCUCCUGCGUUUCGUGUCACGUCUCCGUCCUUUGUCGACGGAUAAACAAACCCUAGUGAUAAAACGAAUCAUCGCAUCGCUUACACAUCAAACUGUUUGGAUCAGAGGAACUUUGAUGCCUUCAGAUAAAAAUUUUCAAAAAUUACGCGGCGGGACUGCUGGCAAACUAAUGGACUUUUUUUUAAGAUUUUUAAAUUUAAUUGAAGAAAUAAACAUCCAAGAUUACAGUCAACGUUCGUGGUCAUCAUCUAGGUGGUCUAUUACCAGCAGUCGUUUGCAAAUUAUUAAAGAUAUGGAUUGUGAAUAAAAUAUUAUUCCUAUUGUCACUUGACUUCCUACUCGCGAUAUUACUUCAAUAAAUAUCUAUUAUUUAUCUAAUUCGCUUUAUAAAUA